AUGGAUAAGUGCAAAAAUAAUACAGGUCAGAAACAAAGAAGUUAUCAUUUUUAUCAUCAAUUGAUUGCUGCCCUUGUUGCUUCCCUUGGAACUUUGUGUACUGGAACGACGCUAGCAUGGCCCUCUCAAAUCGACCAAAAGCUCACAAAUGGGGAAAUGGGAUUUUCUAUAAACACAAACGAAAUAGGAUGGAUAUCAUCAGUGACCUCUUUGGGAGCAGCAACUUUUUCACUAUUUAUCGGGAAAAUUUGCAAUCGUUUCGGACGAAAAAUAACACUAAUAACCUGCGGAGUAAUAAUGCUCGCUGGUUGGAUAAUAAUAAUAUUUGCAAAGGCCGUUUGGAUGCUUCUCAUAGGAAGAUUCAUAUCGGGCAUGGCAUGUGGAGGAUUGUGUGUGAUUGUGCCGCUCUACAUAAAUGAAAUUGUCGAACAAAAAAUCAGAGGAUCUUUGGGUGGCUUAACACAACUGUCUAUUUCAGUUGGUAUUCUCUAUUCUAAUAUUUGCGGGUACUAUUUUAGUUUGCAAGUAUUCGCGAUUACCUGUGGCUUCCUAUCUAUAAUAUUUGUUUUAUCGACGCUAGCAAUGCCUGAAACGCCUAUUUAUUUUGUAGAAAGUAAGAAUAUAUUGGGAGCUAAAACUGUUUUGUUCAGAUUGCGACAACGUGAAUUGGUUGAUGAGGAAUUAAAAGAACUGGAAAGAAUAGUAAAUUUGGAUCAUCACCUAAACUUUGUAGAAACGUUAAAAAUAUGUACUAGUGAAAAAGCUUUAAUAAAAGCAGCUAUUAUUGGCGUGGCACUAACAUUAUUUAAAAUAUUUUCAGGCAUUGACCCUUUAACAGUCUAUCUUUCAGUAACUUUUUCAAAUACUAAAACCGUUUUAGGGCCCAACAUUUGUAGCAUAAUUUUUGCAACUUUUCAAGUUUUAGCAGGUUUUUCACAAACUUUUGUAGUCGACAAAUGGGGUAGAAAAAAAUUACUUAUUUUAUCUGAGUUUGUAAUAUCCAUAGCAUUAAUACUAAGCGGAAUAUUUCUUAUGUUUAAAUCUAGCACUUUUAAAGAUAAAUUACCCGAUUUAUUUGAUUACGUUUUUCUCGCAGUUCUUUGUUGUUUUAACAUAGCUUUUUCAUUGGGAAUCGGUCCAAUACAAUGGGUAAUUUGCUCUGAAAUAUUUCCCAACGAAGUAAAGACUUUUAUUUUUGUAAUUAAGGUAGUUCCAGAAACUAAAGAUAAAAAUUAUGAGGAUAUAAGAAAUGAACUAGAAAAAUAA